AUGAGUGGUAUUAUUGAAGCAUCGUCGGCGUUGAGGAAGAGAAAGCAUUUGAAAAGAGGGAUCAAUUUCACUCUGAUGGUGGUAGGCCAGUCUGGGUGUGGUCGUUCGACCUUGAUUAACACGCUGUGUGGCCAGCAGGUCGUCAAUACGAGCACCACUGUCAUGUUGCCGACCGACACGGCUACUGAGAUCCCGGUGCAAUUGAGGGAGGAAACAGUCGAGUUGGAGGACGAGGAGAGUGUCAAGAUACAAUUGAAUAUUAUCGACACACCAGGGUUUGCAGACUCGUUGGACAAUUCGCAAUCGUUCGAGUUGAUCUCCGACUUUAUUCGUCAUCAGUACGACGAAAUUCUGCUGGAGGAGAGCAGGGUCAGAAGAAACCCAAGGUUCAAGGACGGAAGGGUCCAUGCGUGUCUGUAUAUGAUCACCCCUUCUGGCCACGGUUUGAAAGAAUUGGAUAUCGUGUUCAUGAGACAAUUGGGUGUCCUCGUGAACGUCAUUCCCGUGAUAAGCAAAGCUGAUUCAUUGACUUUGGAGGAGUUGAAAGUGAACAAAACACUAAUAAUGGAGGACAUCGACAAGUACGACCUGCCAGUUUACAACUUCCCGUUCGACGAGCACGACAUCUCCGACGAAGAAUACGAAACAAACAUGUACCUACGUUCUCUAUUACCCUUCUCCAUCAUUGGCUCAAACGAUGUGUUUGAUAAUGGCGAUGGCAUAAUGAUCCGUGGCAGGAAAUACCCAUGGGGUACUUUGGAUGUCGAAGAUGCCACCGUGUCUGAUUUCGUCGUGUUGAGAAACAUGUUGUUGAUAUCUCACUUGAACGACUUGAAAGAAUACACCCACGAGAUCUUAUACGAACGUUACAGAACAGACGCAUUGUCCGGGGACACACAGAACAACGCCAUUACUUAUACCAGGCCGGACGGAAGCGAUCCAAACUACGCAUCGCCACAGCUCCCUUCCGUCACCAGAGCCUUGGGAAACACACACAUAGACAACGGAUCGAACCUCAAUUCGCCAAACCCACAAGACACCUAUCUUGCACGUGAAGAACAAAUCAAGUUGGAAGAGGAAAGAUUAAAGGCCUUCGAAGAUAGAGUACAACAAGAACUACAAAUGAAGAGACAGGAAUUACUACAAAGGGGAAAAAGAACUAAAAGAAAUCGAAGACAGAUUAGAGAGAGAAGCCAAAUUCAAAGUAGAGGACAAUGA